ACCUGGGUGCCUCAACUUAAUAUGCUGCAAUCAAAUUGUGCAAUUUUCCUGUGCGACCCAUCAAAGCCUGAUUCAUGCGAUGCUGGAUGCAACGGUUGGUUGAUGACUUCAGCCUUUAGCUAUCUGUUGAAAUCUGGUGGCCUUGAGAGAGAAAAGGAUUACCCUUACACCGGGAAGGACGGUACCUGCAAAUUUGACAAGUCCAAGAUUGAUGCUUCAGUUCAGAACUACAGCGUUGUCGCUGUUGAUGAAGAACAGAUUGCUGCUAACCUUGUGAAAUAUGGACCUUUGGCAAUCGGUAUCAACGCCGCAUACAUGCAGACAUACAUUGGCGGAGUGUCAUGCCCAUGCAUCUGCGGAAGGCACCUCAACCACGGCGUUCUUCUCGUCGGCUAUGGGGCGUCCGGCUUCGCGCCUUCCCGCUUCAAGGAGAAGCCAUACUGGAUCGUCAAUAAUUCGUGGGGCAAGAACUGGGGGGACAAGAGGUACUACAAGAUCUGCAGGGGCUCUAACGUGCGCAACAAGUGCGGCGUCGACUCCAUGGUCUCCACGGUGUCCGCCACACACUCCUCGAAGGAGGAGUAGGCUCUGGUCUGAUAUGUUCUGAUCUGAUCGGCGGCCCUCGUGGAGUCGAUCUUGGUUUCUAUGUAU